AUGGAGGCGGCGGCCGUGGCUGCUGCUGCCGCCUCCUGCUCGGUCCGUUCUGCGGCUGCGCGGAGCCGGUGCUGGGCGUCGGGCUGGGACGGGCCCGGGCGCCUCCCCUCUUCCUCCUCCUCGGGCUCCUGGGGUCUCCCCUGGGCAGCCAGGGGUUCCUGCGGGGCUGGACGGGGCUCCCCCAGGCGCUUCCUCUCCUCGCGGAACCGUCGAGGCAAAGUCUUGGAGACGGUGGGUAUCUUCGAAGUGCCAAAGCAGCAGGGCAAAUAUGACACAGGACAGUUAUUUCUACACAGUGUCUUUGGAUACCGAGGGAUAGUCCUGUUUCCUUGGCAAGCCAGGCUGUACGACCGAGACGUUGCUUCUCCAGUGCCUGAAAAGGCAGAGAACUCAGCCAGCCACGGUUCCAAAGAAGUGAAAGGCAAGACGCACACAUACUACCAGGUGUUAAUAGAUGCUCGCGACUGCCCACAUAUAUCCCAGAGAUCGCAGACAGAAGCGGUAACUUUCUUAGCGAACCAUGAUGACAGCCGAGCCCUCUAUGCAAUCCCAGGACUUGACUACGUCAGCCACGAAGACAUCCUCCCCUAUUCGUCCACUGACCAGGUCCCCAUCCAGCAUGAGCUGUUUGAACGGUUCCUCCUGUAUGACCAGACAAAAGCACCCCCCUUUGUGGCAAGGGACACGUUGUGCGCAUGGCAGGAGAAGAAUCAUCCAUGGCUGGAGCUUUCCGACGUGCACCGGGAGACCACUGAGAACAUCCGGGUCACAGUCAUCCCCUUCUACAUGGGCAUGAGGGAAGCCCAGAAUUCCCAUGUCUAUUGGUGGCGCUACUGUAUCCGCCUGGAAAACCUUGAUAACGAAGUUGUGCAACUCCGAGAACGGCACUGGCGGAUCUUCAGCUUGUCCGGCACCUUGGAGACUGUUCGUGGCCGAGGGGUAGUGGGGAGAGAACCUGUCUUAUCCAAAGCGCAGCCGGCUUUCCAGUACAGCAGCCACGUCUCCCUGCAGGCCUCCAGCGGCCACAUGUGGGGUACUUUCCGCUUUGAGCGGCCGGACGGCUCCCACUUCGAUGUCCGGAUCCCUCCCUUCUCCCUGGAGAGCAAUAAGGAUGAAAAGACACCCCCUUCUGGCCUCCAUUGGUAGAGCAGCCCUUAGGAAGCCAAGCCCUGCCUCACCGGCUCCACCAACCAUUCUGGACAGCCUUGCUCCCCCAGGACCCCCCUCUUCUUCCCUCAAGGGCUUAAGGUAGUUCUGUUUUUCUAAGAAACGAAAGACGUCCAGAGCUCCCCUCCACAAUUCCUUCCCUUCCCUUCAUCUGUUGUUGAAAGAUGGGGAUUUGCUUGGAACUUGCAAAAUCUGGCUCCUUUUGGUGGCUGCCUGCCACUACUAAUGCUCCCCAGUGUCCCAUCCGGGGUCCUGGGAGUGAAGCUGCUGCGGCCCAGGAUUCAGUGAGGUCUCUGCUGACUCAGGGGUGGGCCUUUUGAGUGCGAGGUGCUGUGUGUUUUCUCUGAAUAAACAGGCCCUCCCUGGUUACAA